AUGAACGAGCAAAGGCCAUUUCCUCCCAUCCAGGACGUGGCAGAAGAUUUGAAUUUACGGAUCCUGGCCAUUAGUCCCACCGUUAUCCGGUUGUCCUGGUUCAUUCAGCGUGACGUCAUCGGAUACAGAAUCGAGUGGAGGAAAACAUCAGAGGAGCGUGCCCAGGGCCAACGAGUGCUGUUGUCUGCAGCCACAAACACGUACGAUUUAACAAGCCUUGUUCCCGGCACUCAGUACACCAUCACUCUCUACACCCUGUACACUGGCAGGGAGGUGGCUACGCCUGCGAUCACAUCAGAGACUGUGGAUAAAGAAAUCGUUCUGGGCAGAGUUACAAACCUCAGGGCAAUUCAAAUCGGGGGCAAUCAAAUCCGGCUGGAAUGGACAGGAGUGUCAAGGGCCACAGAGUACAAGAUCAUAUGGCGGAAUGCUGAAGGUUAUGAAAUUACCCGACUUGUAUCUAAGGACGUGACCACCUUUGUCAUUGAUCGUUUGCAACAAGGUGGCCCCUACCUCAUCAAAGUGUUGCCGCUGUUUGGAAGCAGAGAGGGCAGCUCUACGAGUAUUAGCGUACGAACAGACAUUUCGGUGGGACAGGUGAGUGACCUGCGGAUUCUGGAAACGAGAAGCAACUGGAUUCGGAUAACCUGGAUCAGAGCGCCUGAGGCAACGGGUUACAGGAUCACCUGGAAGCUUGCGGACGGGAGAGAGGAGAGCAGAGUAGUGAGCAGCAGCAUCAACACGUUCGAUAUCAAACCCUUACAAUCCGACACCAUGUACUUGAUCGGGGUGGCAGCAAUGGUGGGAAACCAAGAGGGACGUCUCAUCACCGUCCCCGUGAGAACUGGUCUUCCACCGGAAGGAGUGAACAAUUUAAGGGUGACUAACCUACGAGUGACUGAAACCGGAUUUACACGUAUCCGGAUAGAGUGGGACAGAAUUCCCAGGGCAACUGGAUACAGACUCAAGUGGCGGGGCUCUGAUGGAUCUGUGGGGAAUAAAGCUGUGAGCAGCAACAUUGCACUGUCUGAUAUUGACGGGUUACAGCCUGAUACUGUAUAUACCGUCGAAAUUUCAGCAAUGGUAGACAAUAAUGAAGGGAAUCCCACUCGCACAACUAUCAGAACUGCUGUGGGAGGGGUGACCAAUCUCCAAAUGGUUGAAGUUCGAGGAAGCCACGUUCGGAUAUCGUGGACCGGAGUGGGCCGAGUGUCUGGGUAUAGAAUCACAUGGAGACGUCCUGAUGGGGUCAAGGACAGCAGAACAGUAGACAGAAAUAUCAACACCUUCAGCAUUGAAAGGUUGGAGCCUCAGACAGUUUAUGCCAUCAAAGUCAUUCCGCUGUUUGGGAACCAAGAAGGUACCCCUGGCACCCUUACUGUGGAGACUGCAACAGCCAAUAGGUUCAAUAUACAAGGCGUCAGCAGUGUCCGAGUUCUUGAAGCUCGCAGCGAUGUCCUCCGUGUGUCCUGGGUCGGUGUACGAGGAGCUACAAACUAUAGAGUGAGCUGGAGACGCAGUGAUGGUGGCGCUGAGACCAGCAGAGUGGUGCCUGGAGAUAUCUACACGAUCGACAUUCCGGGGCUGGAAGGAGGAGUCAGUUAUACUGUGAAGGUUGUUGCUUUGAUUGAGAAUCGCGAAGGAGCUCCUGUCACCAUCACAGCAACCACUCCCUCUAUUGACCGUCCUGUGGAAAUUGUUAGCAACCUGCGGGUCAUUGGUUCAUCAAAGAGACAGAUUAGGAUUGCCUGGACUGGAGUUAGCAGGAGCUCAGGAUAUAGGAUCUACUGGAGAUUAGCUGACGGAGGCUCAGAGUUCAAUAGUGUGGUCCCACCAAAUGUUAACUCAUUUGACAUUGACAAUCUGAAAGCUGGAGAGAGAUACAUCCUAAGAGUCUCCUCAGUGUUUGGUAACCGAGAGGGAACUCCUGCUUCAAUCACAGCCACUACGGCUCAGGCUGAGCAAGUGCUUGGAUUCCGAGUCAUCGGCUCUGACAUGGGCAAAAUGACAGUGGGGUGGAAUCUGGUCUCUGGAGCUACGAGCUAUUUGCUCUCCUGGAGAUUCGAUACAGCACAAAAGGAACAGCAAUCGGUCACAAUACCAGGGUCGAUAGCUUCAUAUCAGAUUCCUGAUUUAAGCCUCGGACAUCAGUACAUCAUAACCAUCAGACCGGUGUUUGGAACAGAGAUUGGACCAGAGACAUCCAUUGCAAAAAGACCUGGGUGCAGCAUGGCACAGGCGGACAUUGUGUUUCUGGUGGAUGGCUCCUGGAGUGUGGGCCAGGCCAAUUUUGACAAGGUCAAGCAGUUCUUGUUUAACUUGGUGUCACAGUGGUCUCGCAUUGGGCCUACUGGUACUCAGGUUUCAGUAGUGCAGUACAGUGAUGCUGCUAGCAUCGAAUUUCCACUCAAUAAAUUCAGAACCCAGCAGGACCUACUCCGUGCCAUCAGAGGGCUUCCAUAUCGGGGCGGAGGCACCAUGACAGGCAAAGCGAUAGAUUUUGUACUGAGUUACAUAUUCCAGCGCUCAGCUGGGCAGAGAUCCCAGGUCCCAGAUUUGCUGGUUCUAUUGACAGACGGAGGCUCUCAAGACAGCAUUGUAGAUGCAGUUAGAAGGGCGAAGGCAGCAGGCAUAUAUCUGUACGCAGUAGGAAUUGCUGAGGCUGAUAUCAAUGAGCUGCGGACUAUUGUCACUGACGGAGACCCCAGGAACAUUGUCUACGCAGAGAAUUUUAACUCAUUGGCACAGUUUGAAGGAGCCCUCGGAGAUGCGAUCUGCACAUCAGCUAGCCGGCCUAAUGUUCAACCUACAGCACCCUGUGGCACUAAGUGCCGAAAGGGUAAAAGAGGCAGAACUGGGCCUCCGGGACGUGAUGGAGAGGCUGGUCGGCCAGGCUUGCCAGGCCCCCAGGGACCCCAAGGCCCAAGCGGACCCCCGGGAUCUCCAGGGAGACCUGGGGUCAUCGAUCCCAACUACCCAGGAUUGAAGGGGCUAAAAGGGGAACGGGGAUACCCUGGGAGAGAUGGGGUACCAGGAUCCCCAGGUUCAGUUGGCAUACCGGGAAGACAAGGAGAUUCUGGAAUCCGGGGCACUCCAGGACAACCCGGCAUUCCAGGAGCCGCAGGUCUGAAGGGAGAGCGAGGCGAAAGAGGGGAACCUGGUUCAGUGAUUGGUGGAGGAACAGGAUUCCCUGGGAGAAAGGGAGAACCUGGUUUAAAUGGAGCUCCUGGCUUACCUGGUAUUCCAGGUUUACGAGGAGAAUCUGGAAUACAUGGACAACAAGGACCACAAGGUCCCACCGGCCCUGCAGGACCCCCUGGCAGAUAUGUCAAGGGAGAGAAAGGAGAACCAGGCGACAGGGUUGUGGUGGGACCGGGCACUGAAGUUGCCAUGAAAGGGGAGCGCGGAGACGCAGGUCGUCCAGGGGAACCGGGCAUCCCAGGGUCCAGGGGAUCAACGGGGCUGACCGGCCAGAAAGGCGACAAGGGCAACGCGGGCGAAGGUUUGCCAGGGGCGCCGGGACGAGCCGGAGAACCAGGUGACCGGGGUCCCAGGGGAGCUCGGGGCGAGUCUGGUGACAAGGGCGACAGAGGGCAGACUGGUGAAUCAGGUCCCCCAGGUCCAAGGGCAGAAAGGGGAUCAGAAGGACCUCCUGGUCUCAAGGGUGAACGAGGAGAGGUUGGUUUGGCCGGACUUCCAGGAGCACCUGGGCUGCCUGGAGCUGUUGGGCCCAGAGGUGAACAGGGAAAACAAGGAAGACCUGGAGAUCCUGGUGAGACUAUCCCAGGGCCAGCAGGAAGCAAAGGGUCACAGGGUGAGCGAGGCCCACGAGGUGCCGAUGGACAGAAAGGAGUGAAGGGAGAUCCAGCGGAGAAGGGAGAGAAGGGAGAACCUGGAUACGGAAUUCCUGGCCAACCAGGACCCAAGGGCGACCGAGGAGACAGGGGUAAUAUUGGGCUUUCAGGAAGACCUGGUGAACAGGGGGUCAGUGGAGAUCGAGGCGACAAAGGAGAGCCUGGCAAAACAGGAGCGAACGGACAAGCCGGUUUGCGGGGAAGGGAGGGAGAAAAAGGAAUCAAAGGGGACGAAGGAACGCCGGGUGAGAGUGGACUGCCCGGACGGAUUGGGGAGAGAGGACUGCGGGGUCCACCUGGAAUUAAUGGCAAACUGGGAGAAAAAGGCGAUCGUGGAGACCCAGGCGAAUCGGGGAGAGAUGGCAGCCGAGGUCCAUCAGGUUUAACGGGCGUAAAAGGCGAUCAAGGACCACAAGGAUCCCCAGGGCUCCCAGGAAGAGUGAUUGGCAUGGACAAAGGAAUGCAAGGCCUGAGGGGAGAAAAGGGUGAGCCCGGGAAGUCUGGUGACUCUGGGUUGCGAGGGGUAAAGGGAGAGGAUGGAACCCCUGGUGUGCCAGGCCAGCGAGGUUUGCAGGGCGAGAGAGGUCUGACAGGACCACAGGGAGAUCAAGGUCAACGAGGAUUUCCGGGAGAAAAGGGUUCCAGGGGACCUCCCGGAAUUGACGGUAGAAAUGGGAUAGACGGAAAGAAUGGGGCAGCUGGCCCUCUAGGGCUGAGGGGUGACCAAGGCAAACAAGGGGAGCCGGGCAGAGAUGGCUUACCGGGAUUGAGAGGACAACAAGGUCCCCAAGGAGCGUCCGGACCUCAGGGGCCCCUGGGACACCCGGGGAAACCAGCGGUUGAUGGGAAGCCUGGCCUACCUGGAAAGAAUGGAGAAGAUGGGACUCCGGGAGAAGAUGGAAGGAAGGGUGAAAAGGGUGAUCCCGGGAGCAAUGGAAGAGAUGGACGAGAUGGUGUUAAAGGAGAACGUGGAGAACUUGGGCUUCCAGGACUUCCUGGACCACAGGGUGUUUCAGGGCCAACCGGGCCCCCAGGGCCUCCUGGUCAGGUUGUAGUCGUCAAAGGACUUCAAAGCACAACCUCGAUUCCAGGACCCCAGGGACCUGCAGGAACACCGGGAAUUCCAGGGAUCCCAGGGGCAACAGGCUCUCGGGGAGAAAAAGGAGAGACUGGGUUCAUAGGUCAGAAGGGAGAAUCUGGUGAUGAUGGGAAGCCUGGAACGCCAGGGACAAUACCUCUUUCAGUGCUUCAGGGAGCGAUCGACAAGUACAAUUUGAUGAAUCAGGAAAUUCGGGGAUUGCCUGGUGAGAGAGGAACCAAAGGGGAGAGAGGAGAUCAGGGAGAGAGAGGCCCACAAGGGAAAGAGGGAAUGAUCGGUUUUCCCGGAGAAAGAGGAUUUAAAGGGGACAAAGGAGGUAUAGGAGUCCCAGGUGCUGAGGGGCCACCGGGUCGGGCUGUGGUAGAACGAGGUGCCGAAGGUCCCCCUGGAGUGUCUGGGGAACCAGGAAAGCCAGGAAUCCCAGGAGUGCCAGGCCGAGCGGGAGAAACCGGAGAGACCGGACGCCCAGGAACGCAGGGUGACAGAGGUGAGAAAGGCGACCGAGGAAAAGACGGUAAAGAUGGUGCACCAGGUCUUAUUGGCCUCCCAGGAUCCAAGGGUGAAAGUGGACAGUUAACAACGCCUGGUUACCCUGGUCAGCGAGGCCCCCCAGGACCGCAGGGGCCAAAGGGGGAUACUGGAGCAACAGGACAAACAGGACCAAGAGGAGAUAAGGGUGAACCAGGAGCACAGGGAUCCCGGGGUGAAAGAGGUGAGGUCGGAGAGAAAGGCAAGGUUGGAUUUGCUGGGUCUCCAGGUGAACCAGGCUCAGCAGGCGAAGACGGAAAACCGGGAAUGCCAGGCUUUCCGGGAGUACUGGGCCGUCCGGGAAACCAAGGUGAACCAGGGCUCCAGGGUCCAUCAGGCCUUCCAGGUUCCCCUGGUGUUCCUGGGCUGAAGGGGAUCCAAGGUGAUGCAGGUUUGAGCAUACCAGGCUCACCAGGACCACCGGGCAAAAUGGGAUUAUCUGGAAACACUGGUCCAGCUGGAGCUGUGGGUCCACAAGGCCUCCAUGGACUGCCUGGCCAAGUGGGAGAACCUGGGAAGCCAGGAGUGACGGGGAGAGACGGAGUUCCUGGAAAGGAUGGACAAAAUGGACUUCCUGGGAAAAUGGGAAUUCAAGGACCUGCAGGCGCUGUUGGACCCAAGGGUGAACCAGGACCUUUUGGACCCCCUGGUAAUACUGUCAUUGGCCCUCCAGGAAUCAAAGGAGAAAAGGGAACUCCUGGGGUGUUCGUGCCUGGAAUCACUGGAGCGAGAGGAACAGUGGGAGAACCGGGUGCGAAAGGUGAUCGAGGUGAGGCUGGUACGAGAGGAGACAAGGGUGAACCUGGUGUUCCUGGAAACCCGGGAGAGGAUGGUUUAAGAGGAGCCUUUGGCAUGAAAGGAGUUAAGGGUGAACCUGGCAUUGGUGUGACGGGGCCAGCUGGGCAGGUCGGGCCCAUGGGGCUUAAGGGCGAUACUGGGUCCCCAGGACCUCCGGGUCCCCCAGGGCCCCAAGGCCUGAUGGGCAUCUCGGGACUGCCUGGCCUGAGAGGCGAAGUUGGACUUCCUGGUCCCCAAGGUCCCGGAGGAGAAAGGGGAGCUCCAGGCUUUCCAGGAAGAGAUGGAAUAACUGGGUUGCGAGGACUUCCCGGACCCCCGGGACCCCUGGGUUCGCAAGGAUCAAUUGGAGUGAAAGGUGAUAAGGGUGAAAAUGGGGUUGGAGUUGCUGGACAGAGAGGAGAAAGAGGCGAGCCAGGGUUCAGGGGGACAGACGGUCGGCCAGGUUUGCCGGGCGAGAGAGGAUCACCGGGACUUCGUGGAAACGUAGGAGAGAAGGGAGACAAAGGUGACCCCGGAACAUCUGGAAAGAAAGGAGACAAGGGUGACGCAGUUGCUAUCCCAGGAACUCCAGGAAUUACUGGAAUCAAAGGAGAGUCUGGGGACCGUGGACAGAAAGGAAACGAGGGAGCAAAAGGAACGAAAGGAGAAGAGGGGCCUCGUGGAGAGAAGGGGCCAAGAGGAGAGCAAGGAGACACUGGCUCAAUGGGAUUCCCUGGAGCAAGAGGGCCUGGUGGCCAGAAGGGUGAAGCAGGCGAACCUGGAAGAUCUGGAGAAUCGGGCAUAGCAGGAAAGGUCGGUACUAAUGGAGUGAAAGGGGACUCAGGCGAGAAGGGAGACCGGGGGUUUCAAGGCCCCAAAGGAGACCGAGGAGGAAAAGGAGCCUGUGGCACAGAUGGAAUUAAAGGAAGUAAGGGUGAAUCUGGUAUUCCUGGGAGGCUUGGAUUCCCUGGACGGAAAGGAGACCAGGGUGAACAUGGCACCGCUGGUGUCCCAGGCUUCCAGGGUAAAGAAGGUCUGAUGGGUCCCAAGGGUGACCGAGGCUUUGCCGGUCAGCAGGGACGUAAAGGAGAACGAGGAGACAAGGGAGAAAGGGGAGUUCCCGGCAUCAUUGGAGUCCCAGGCAUCAGAGGAGCGGACGGUAACUUGGGCCCCCCCGGUCCCGUCGGCCCAAUUGGUCCAAAUGGACCUGAAGGACUUCAGGGUCAAAAGGGAGAGAGAGGCCCACCAGGAGAGGGUUUGCCAGGGCCCAGGGGCACCUCUGGUAUCCAAGGAGAGCGGGGAGAUCCAGGUGAGGUGGGGAAAGAUGGUAUAAAGGGCGAUCGAGGAGUUCCGGGGAUGACGGAGGAUCAGAUACGUACCUUUGUGCAGCAGGAGAUGAGUGAGCAUUGUGCUUGCGGAGGCUUCGCGUCAAACAUACCAUCUUUUUCCCGUCAAGUACCUGUCUUAAAGAUCUCACAUGAGGAGGACUAUGGUGAUAAAGCAGGUACCGAUGGGAGAGAGCUGAGGUUGGUGGUGAACGCAAACGAUCCAGACUACGAGCACUUUUACACAGUGGAGAAUUAUGACGAGUCGAUGGAGCAAUAUGAGAUGGAAUACCAGAGCCCUGAAUUACUGCGUGAUGGUGAGAAAGCUCAUAGACCAAAUUCACAACUGGCUGGAUACAAAAGAGAAGCUUCUCAACAAGAUCCCUGCAUUUUGCCCCUGGACGAAGGCAAUUGCUCCAAGUUUACUCUGCGUUGGUACUACCACAGAAAGCCCGUGAAUGCCGUCCCUUCAUCUACAGUGGCUGCAAUGGGAACGCAAACCAAUUCCCAGCCAAGGAAGACUGUGAACAGGCUUGCAAGUCCACCAGAGAACGGACCCAGGAAGGAGGAAGCUGAAAAGAAAGGAUAACGAGAGAGAGAGAGAGAGAGAGAGAGAGAGAGAGAGAAAGAUGUAAAUUUUAAUUUGAAGGACAGGGCGAGGGGAGAGAUAGAAAGAGAAAAGUUUCUUUCAUAUAAUUAUUUUCUGAGCACUGCAUGAUAGUACGGUGCUAUAAAUAUGGUGCUAUUUUUAACCCGAUAUUUCUAUUAAGACAAAACUUUUAUUAAAAUAAGUAUCGGCGCUGUUUGUAACAUAUUGUCAGCUUUCACAUUCUCCUCCGCCUAUUUCAGAUGAGGAAUUAUUGACAGCUGGCAGUCAGAAUAAUAAUUUGAUCCCACCCUCCACCCCACUCACACUGAUGUUCCUGCUAGUCUAAUCAGGGGGUCACGAGGAAAUGUCCAGGGUUUCAAAUGCUUGUGUAUAUUUUAAGUAUGUUAAAAGUUUGUAUGUUGCCUUGAAUCUAUCUGUAUUUAUGUGUGCCUGUUAUUUACACACUGCCUGACAGAUCGGUGCUAUAGAGAGCUUGGGAGGUUGCCCGCAGCUAAAUCAUACAGAUCAAGAAGGUCCUAAACUUAAUCCCUGAUGUUGGUGGACUCAGCAGAUGGUACUAUGGAGGGGAAGGCAGGAGUGGGGGAUGAAAUCAUUGGUUGGUUGAUCUGGUCCCUGAUGGAAAGUGCAUGUUUGUGAGUGUUGGAUGAGGUGUGGGUCAGGUUUGGGUGCAAUCUCCAAUCUCCUUCUCUCCCUCUCUCUCCCCACCUCCCCACCCACCAUUCAGAUUGCCACAGGAAGUGACAUUGGUGGUGAUCCCCCAGUGUCUACUUGCCAAAGCCAACCAUAUGGUGCACAGAGAACCUUAUAAAGGGGGGAGGGACCCUACAAUAGUGUUCUUCUGUAGCGCGAUUCAAAAGUAUCCACCAGGGAGACAUAGAAGAAAAGAAAAGCUUGGCGGUGGGUGGGAGAAUAUUGUGUAAUAUUCUAGUCAAUUUAUUACAUGCAAUAACCUUUACCACUCUGUUGCUGUUAUCAGGGAUAUUAGGUGGUGCUAUUUUCUGAAUGUAGUUUUGCUAAUCAUUUCACAUAGUGAAUGAUGCAAAGUUGCCAAAGUUAUUUAUUGUGCAUGAGAACGCUUGCAGAAUAUGAAGGAAAGUGCUGGUUAAGGAGAACGUUGGAGUCAACGUUGGAGUCAACGUUCUCCAAACCCUCGGGACGUCUAUUUUAAUCCCUCUUCCACGCCCCACCCUCACAUCCAGCAUCCGGGCAUUGUCAAAGAAUUGACUGUCUGCAUUAGUUAUUGAAAAUGUAUAUUAAAACAAUGUACAGGGUGUUCACAAAGUCCUGUUACCCGUGUGUUUUUUACAUAGUGCAUUGACCAACAACUGAAAUAUGGAAGAAUUAUGAUAAUUGUGUUUAGAAGUACUUAAUUGUAUUCAGUGCAAGUGCUUAACUGUCCAGUGGAUCGGUGUGUGUGUGUGUGAGCGCGAUCAUUUUCAUGGCAGAUAAUGAUCUGUGGCCAUGUUCGGUGCUACAUCUUCCGAAAGAUGGAUGGAGUGAGGAGGAAAUUACUGGGAUCAGACAUUGUUACACUUGACUCAUC